CAUUAAUAUUAAUAUUCCGUGAUUGUCCCCUAUUGUUUUUGUAUACAUUUGAUUUGGGUGAUUUAUUGGGAAUAAAAGCUUUGUUUUUUCCUAGGCAGUAAGCUCUUGAACUAUGGUUUACACAAAUCCAAUUGUACAAGCCGAUGUGGAUAAAAUUUUCGGAGAAGAUCCAAUUGCGGCAUUUGAGGCUGAAAGUGCUGAUAUUCUACAUGGGGGAUACGAACCCCUUCCUCAGGAGCCAGAAUGUUCAGAAGAUUUACCAGCACGAUCCACAGAGUUUGACGACAUAGACAAAGGCUAUUGUCCUCUUCGGGACGAUGAAAGGAAUAUAGAUACGUUUUAUUACUAUAUUACUCAUCCUCAACCACCAACACCUAGGGAUGAUCCUACACUACCACUUCCACGAAAAUCAUUCCCACUUCCUGUUAUCUCACGGACUUCCGCUUAUGAUGAUUAUGCCAGUUCUUCUAGUUCAAAUAUAAAUAUGGACGAUAAAAAAUGUGAGGAGGUUAAAAAAAUUAUGGUGAAUAUCAAUUUGCCCACUAGUUGCAUCCCAGAGUGGGCAGCUGAUGUCCCAGAAGAACAAUGGAAGGACUUCAUUUUGCAGAGGCUGCAUUUAAAAAAGAGUACAAACUUCAUUGAUGAGUGAUGAUUCAGAUAGAAAAAAAUUGUCUUUAUAUUAUUUCAAAGUUUCCUUUUUUUAUUCAUAUUUUUUAUCAUUCAGUAGAGAGCUUCUUAUACAUUUGUUAUUUUGGUUCAUGUAUUCAAUAAGAAAUAUUUAUGUUUAUAUUUAGGUAAUCUGAGUUUUAUGUUGUAGUAAUUAAUGAUAGAUCAUAAGAAUGAAUGAUGUAACAUAAUUCAAAUAUUAACAUAUAAAGUCUUGCAACCUAA